AUGUAUGAAAGUCCACAAUUUGCAUUUGUUGACGUGCCAACUGACACUACAAACUUGCCUACUUCGGGUGUCUCAAGGGCUCCUGCAGUACAAGAUGGCAUGCAAGAACUACUUCAAGCUGCCUUUUUCAGGAAUGAAAUGUUUGAGUCACUACCAAGUAUGUCUGAAGGUGUAGUAGAUGUUGAAUCAGGAUUUGCAGAUAUGGAACAAACUGUAGCUGAGGAUGUGCAUCCUGCAGAUGACAAUGCUAAGGAGAGUGAACAGAAUCUAUAUGAAAGAUACUUGAAGGAUGCACACACAAGCUUAUAUCCUGGGUGUAAAUUUUCUAAGUUGUCAUUUUUGGUAAACUUAUAUCACUUAAAAUGCUUAAAUGGCUGGACACAAGAAUCAUUUACAAGACUUCUAGAAGAAGUUAGACUUGGUGGCCCUGUUCACUACCGGUGGAUGUACCCCAUGGAGAGCGCUUGUGAAGAAACAGAGCUCAGCCGGAAGGUUCGAUUCUGUGAAGGGUAUUGCAUGGAGGAGUGCAUGACAUUUUGUUCCAGAUUUCUUGAUGGAGAUACUCGCUUUAACAGACCGGCUAGAAAUCCCGAACCUUCGAGCAAUAUGAAAGAUAUGUACAUGUUUGAGAGUCUUUGGAGAACCAAUUGGAAAAGCUACUUAGAGUUUGUGGAUGAGGAGAAAGGAAAAUCGUGUCCUUCAACUACUUUGACUCUGGCUUCCAUCGAUAAGUUGAUAGACCAAAGCACUUCCACGAUUGGUUGGAACAGAAGGUUAUCCUAG